UCCCUGAGAGAUCAGAGUUGGGAAAGGAUCAGCUGAUCAGAGCUGCCACACCAAGGUAUACAAUUGACAUUCACACUGAAUGCUUUUUAACUCCUGUUUCAAAACAAGUUUUUUGGGAUCAAAGCCUUGGAGCAAAGGACCUAAACCCCAGCAGCCCAAACAGGUUUUGUACUUCCUGAACUGUGAUGAGGAGAUACUAAGCCCUAUUGAUCUAUAUAAUCCCAUUCUUCCUCCAACUCCCGUGGGUUAGGGAUGGAGCUGAAAGUCUGGGUUGAUGGGGUACAACGCGUGGUCUGCGGAGUGUCUGAACAGACGUCCUGUCAAGAUGUGGUCAUUGCGCUGGCGCAGGCCAUUGGUCAAACAGGACGCUACAUCCUCAUUCAGACUUUCCGGGAUAAGGAAAGGCAACUUCUGCCUCAUGAGAAACCUCUGGAGUUUCUUGCCAAAAGUGGACAAUAUGCCAAUGAUGUCCAGUUUAUCUUGAGACGUACAGGGCCCAGUUUGACUGAGCGACCAGCAUCUGAUACUACCCCUCUUCCCCCAGAGAGGACUUUUGUCCGAUCCAGUCUACCUCUGAAUCCCAGGACUGUUACUACAGAUGCCACACGGUCAAAGGAGCCCAAAAAAUCCCUGACUUUUAAUCUAGGAUCCACGAGCUCUAGUGAAGUUCUAACCAAACACAGGCAAAAGCAGCAUAAUGGUGUGGCAAAUAAAGAAGGAGCUCCUGCAAAACAACCUAGCAAAGAGGAGAUAUUUAAAAUGGUGCUACGUCAACAGGAGCAGCUAAAUUCCUUGGAGAUGCAAAAUGACUCUUUGGGUAAAGAUAUCCAAACAUGGGAACGAGGGAGGGCAGGGGGGCCUUUAGAAGAGGAAGAGGAUGAGGUAGCUUUUUUGGAAAGGCUAAUCCGUCGCAAUGAGGCCGAGCUAGGAGAGGAGCGGUUUUGGCUUGAUGAACUACAAAGGGAAAGACUAGAGGAACAAGAGAGGCAGGAACGAGUAAGAAAAUUGAGAGUCACAAUGGAGGAAUAUACACAGAAAAUUCAAGAGCUUAGUGAAAAGACUGAGACUCUUGAACUAGAAAUUCAAAGAGAGGCAUCUAAGAGGGUUUCAGGAGAACCAAGUCAGGCUGAACUUGAUGAAAUGGUGACCAAAAUGAGAAAGGAACUGGAUGCUAAAAAUGGUCAGGGUCAUCAGUUGGAGAGCAACCUGGCCAAUGUGGAGUGGGCAUGUGAGGAGGCAAUGAGGAACCUCCAGGUGAGGAACCAAGAGUUGGAGGAGCUGAACAAAGAUCUCAGGCAGUGUAACCUACAGCAAUUCAUUCUUCAGACAGGAUCGACAGUAACCAAUGGUCAGCUACGGUCUGAUGAAGAAUCCUUUCCUGAUCCUACUGACUUGCAAAGUUCAAGACACCACAAGAGCAGAGGUCCAACAGACUCUCCCCCUCAGAACACAGCCAAGCAUGUACUCAGCCAUUCCCGGAAUGUGAAGAACACGCUGGUGUCCAGUAUGAAGCCUGAGGUUCUAUCUUCUCGAGAAACAUCCUGGACCUAAAUAACCCCCCCCUUUUUUUUUUUUACAUAAAAACAGAAAAUCCUCAUCAUGAAAUUCUACAUUAUGUUUAAACUCUAAAACUAUAUAAAUUACUGUAAUUCCAUAUAAAGUAUAUAUUAUAAGUGUAUAUAUUAUAAAUUGUCUAUAUUGUUUUUAUGAAUAUCUAAAUAUACAAUUUCGUUUUUAUAUAUAUAUUUGGGGUAUAUUCCCAGAAAAAAAUGCUGUGCAAUUUUUUUUUCCCCAUGUGGGGAAUAUUAAUUGAAUAAAAAAAUGCUGCUCUGUG